CUCUCCAGUGUCCACCCAGUGUCCACUCGUUGUCCGGCCAUGCCGCGGCCGCGUCCGGCCGAGCGUUACCGGCAGCGCUGGCGCCGGCUGCGCCGCGCGGCGCGGGCGCUGGUGCUGGAGAACGGCGCCCUCUGCGACGAGGUCGCCCGGCUGGAGGCCAAGUGGCUGCGAGCCCGCGGCCAGCGGCGAUUCCUGCUCGGACGCCUGCUCGGACACCGCGCCCGAGCGGCCGGAGAGGCGGUCAAGCGGCCGAGGAGAGCCCGGACGGCUCCGGCCAGGGGGAGGGGGGGUGGGGCAGCGGUCAGUGGUCAAUGGUCGGCGGGGUCCAAGGAUGACCAGUGGUCAUCGGGGUCCAAAAAUGACCAGUGGUCAUCUGGGUCCAAGAGUGACCAGUGGUCAUCUGGGUCCAAGAGUGACCAGUGGUCAGCUGGAGGAAGAGCUGGAAGCAAGGAUGACCAGUGGUCAGAGGGGUUGAAGAGUGACCAGUGGUCAUCUGGGUCCAAAAAUGACCAGUGGUCAUCUGGAGGAAGAUCUGGAUCCAAGAGUGACCAGUGGUCAUCUGAGUCAAAGAGUGACCAGUGGUCAUCUGGCUCCAAGAGUGACCAGUGGUCAUCUGGCUCCAAAAGUGACCAGUGGUCAUCUGGAGGAAGAUCUGGAUUGAAGGAUGACCAGUGGUCAACUGGUGGAAGACCAGUAGGGUCCAAGGAUGACCAGUGGUCAUCGGGCUCCAAGAGUGACCAGUGGUCAUCAGGCUCCAAGAGUGACCAGUGGUCAUCGGGCUCCAAGAGUGACCAGUGGUCAUCGGGCUCCAAGAUGGCCCCCAAGGACGACCAGCGGUCAGCAGGAGGAAGAGCAGCGGUCACCAAGGAUGACCAGUGGUCAUCUGGCUCCAGAGCGACGUCCGGCGGGCUCCGGCCGCUCCAGGAGCCCCGUCCGGCCCGAGAUGACCGCAAGGCCAACGCCGAGGGCUCGGGACGGCGGCGCGGCCGCGAGGAGGAGGAGGAGGAGGAAGAUGACCGCGAGGAGGACGAGGAUGACCGCGAGGAGGACGAAGAUGACCGCGAGGAGGACGAGGAUGACCACGAGGAGGACGAGGAUGACCACGAGGAGGACGAGGAGGAGGAGGAGGAGGAGGAAGGGGCCGCUCUGGCCUUUGGCUACUCCGACCUUUUCCUGGGUAGCCCUGCGGGCUCGGACGAGUGACCAAUAAAUGACCGCGGCCGGAGGGGCUCGGACGGGCCCUGGGCGAGCCUUGGGAGUUCUUUGGCCACUCCUGGUGACCACUUGACCACCCCCAGUGACCAUUUGACCACCCCAAUGACCCCUU